CUUCCGAUGUGCCGUUAAGAUAGAAUUUCUCCAACUCACAAUGGCUUUCAGGAAAAAGGAGAAGUUUCGCGACCAAAAGCAAAACCAAGGCGCAAUGAAAUCAAAAACGACGAAAAAGAUUCCCGAGAUGCAAGACGAUUCUAGCGACGAUGACGACGAGAUGGAGAGGAACUUCGCGCUGCUUAGUAAAACGAACGCUCAGUGGGACGCUGAGAAAGAGCAGGGACUUGUGGCAGAGGAAGAUGGAGAAGACGAGCCUGCAGAUGGGGAUGAUGAGGAAGACGAGGAUGAUGACGGUGACGAUACUGAGGAGGAGGAAGAGGUUGUUGAGGAUGACACGGGUGCGCUGAGUGGUGAAGGUGAGCAUGAUACUGCUGAAGAAGAAGAGGAGGAGGAUGAUGAGGAUGACGAAGAAGACGAUGAUGAAGAAGAAGAGGAGGAGGAGGAGGAAGAAGAAGAAGAUGCCAGUGGCUCUGGUGAAGAGCCAGAGGAAGAACCCGCGCAGGGAACCAGGCGUCAGGGACAGCUGGAGACUGAAGAUGAUGUCAAAAGAGAACUAUCAAGCAUGUCCUUCGAGGAAAUCAUGCAGCUACAAAACAGAGUGGGGACAAAAGCCUACAACAAAAUCGCAUACAGUACUGCAACAGCCAGGAGCGGAAAAACACCAGACCAGAUGAAACGUCUGAAUAAGCACAAGCCACAGGAGAUUUCUUCAAAGCAGAAAGUGCCCUUCCUCAGGAAAGUCGUACCUGCCAAGAAAGUAGUACCGCGAGAUCCCCGAUUCGACGACCUAUCUGGCGAUUACAAGCCGGAGGUCUUCUCCCAAACCUACAAGUUCAUCAAUGAAAUUCAGGACAAAGAAAAACUGUUUGUAAAGAAGAAAUUGAAGAAGGUGAAAUCUGAUUCCAAAAAGGAGGAACUGAAGUUCCUGUUGAAGAGGAUGGAUAAUCAAGAGCGCGAGCGCAAGAGGAAGGAGCAGCAGCGGGAGAAGGAGCUGCUCUUCAAGAGGAAGCAGAAGGAGAUGGUGGGCGACGGACACAGGCCGUAUUUCCUCAAGAAAUCGGACAAGAAAAGGCUAGAGUUGGCCGAGAAGUACAAGGAGCUGAAGAGAAGCGGCAAGCUGGAAAACUUCAUCGCGAAGAAGAGGAAACGCAACGCCACCAAAGACCGCAGGAAGCUGCCCAAGCAGCAAUACUGAGCCACUGACCAUGGACCAAUCACGGCAGGCGGCCUGGACUCUUUUACUGCCCCUCUGUCCUGUGAUUGGACAGUCGUGGUGUGACCUCUCCAGACUGGGGUACAGCUGGUGACCCUCUCCGGAUGUACAUAAGAUUUGUUUUUAUGUGGUUACAACACAGUGGUUUCUCAUUGUGGUGUUGAUAACUCGACUGCUGCCCAGAUGCGAUGGAUGAUUGUAUUCUCCAUCUGCACAGACAUUUUGUUGUUGUUGUUGUUUACACACAUUUGAAAUCUUUGUUUUUAUAUUCUUGAUCACUGUAUGUGCAUACUGUACAUAAACUGACCUCCAAUAAGA